AGGUAUUUGUUUACUGCUUGCUUCUAGCAAGUCGGGGCUUACGCCAGUUUCCUCACACACUCUCAGUUAGUCUUUGCUGGUUGAUAGGCUGACUGCACGUCCUUAUGGGUUCUGUGCUAGUGUCCGUCAUCGCUGUCGUCGCCGCCAUCGGCGUGGGCUGGUGCACCAUCGAGGUGACAUGCCGGCCGUGCCUCUCCUAUGUGCGAGCUAAGAUGCGCGAGGAGCAGGAAGCAUUGCUUCAAGAUCCUCCUACGGCAUCUUAAACGUCAACACCACUUAUAACCUCGGUCUGCCAGCGAAACUCGCUUCCCACAAUCAUCCGCUCCACCUGUCAAAGGAUUCUGGACUCAUUCUCCUCUGCCUUCGCUCCUUGUCGCUCCUUGUCGCUCCUUGUCGCUCAUCUGCUUCAUGCUCCAUCACAGUCCAGUUUCAACCCCCCGUUGGAACUACAGCACCGGUACAGUUCGACAGCCCCACUCAACUUGUUCGCAUAAUUUCGAUAGAUUCACCAGUCUGUCUUUCAGAUGACCAUGACAAUGACUCAUCUCAGACGAUUUCCGUGAUAAGGCAUUGAAGUGCCAUCAAGCGCACCCGUGCUGCACCGCUUCCCCAUUCUCUUCCCAGCUCCAUGCAUCCCUGCUCAGCAUCAGUCCCACAGACAGCCACGCACCCCUGCUCCUCCUCCCGCAAUCCCUGUCCCAUCAAGCCGGCAAUGAUCAGGGAAACAGAUUAAGAUGUGGCCUGCAUAUGAGCUAGCAUGCAGCCGUGCACGCCUCAAUAAAUCAUGGCAGUGCCCUGCAAGGGCAUGAGGAGACGUAGGACAUUGACAUUGUAAUUAGGCAUACCUUAUUUAGGCUAGGUGUGUGCAUCACUUCAUAGAUUCAGUAAUGUGCUGCAGAUAUGUUUUGCAUUGUUGCAAUGCAUGUACUCUGUCCUGAC